AUGACUUCUAGCGGUGGUCAACUUCAAAGCAUACCUGAUCAAAACUUGCUCUCCCUCCUAUUUUCAAAUAAGGACCGAGACGACGACUCAGUGGCCUGGAGAGAUGGCAAAAAUCGCAAUCAAACCAUUACCAAGGGCCAAACACGAAAAUUGGUCUGCCAACUCACUCACAGGUACAGACAAUCGGGAUUGAUAGAAAGCGGGAAAUGGGAUCCCGACAAAGUCAUCAACUUGACGGAGAAUCAGGUGAUGGGAUUCCCGAAUGUGCUGGCUCUCAUAGCCUUGGGCGCAGUGGUUGCGACCUGUCCAUAGCAAGCCACCGCUCACAAACUGCUUUUUCAGAUUCAAACCUUGCGACCUAAAGCUGUUGUCUGCUCAAAAACGACAGUUCCAUUAGCGAUGGCGACGCGCAAGUCGAGCGAUCACUGGUUCUCCAUCGUGGUACAGGACUCGGAGACGAUGACGGGAAAGGACGAACGAGGCAGGUCUUUCAUCUCAGGCCAGAAAACUCCAUGGGAUACGGCUUGGGAUGAAGAAAUUGCCAAUCGCACAGCCGUCAUGGUUUUUUCAAGUGGCACCACAGGAAGUCCCAAAGGU